AUGGCUUCUUUGUGGUGCAAAAAGUCUCCAGAUUGCAGUAAAAUUCGUGGAUACAUCUUGCUUUCUGUGAUAGUGGUGAGUCUAGCAACAGCCAUCGGAUUUUCUCUCUGGUUCUUAGGCAACUAUGUGGAUUCAAAGUCCGGCCCAGGAACAGACCCCCUUGUGCUUCGUUUGGAUGCAUUUUCUUUAUCGAAUUUCGAGGUUUCAAAUUCGUCAUUCUCAGCUGAAUGGGAGGCCAAGUUGACAUUUGGGAACCAAAACGGUGGCCUAACUGUUACCCUCAACCCCUUUGAGAGUUAUGUGUACUAUAAAGAACGUGAGGCUCUAUCAUGUGCUUCUGUGGAUGCAAUGCUGCAUGUUCCUCCAAGGAAACAGAAAACUCUGCAGAUCAAAUUUGAUCCGACAAGUUGCAGAGGAGAACAGCCGUAUGUGGAGGAUCGAGUGAUGAAGGAGUUGAGUGAAGAUCGAAAGAGUGGUCACCUUAGCUUUAGUUUGAAAAUGCGCAUAGAUGCUUCUUAUAGUAUGAGGGAGCUUUUGGGAAUGGGAACCCAAGUGACUUUAAAUCCUAACUGUUCAGGGUUGAAGGUUCAGUUUGAGGGUGCAAAAGGGGAGGGAAAGAUAAAUGGGGGCCGCAAGUGCACCAUUCCAUUACCUAAAUGA